CGGACGCACCACCUGUUUGAUCGUCACUUCCGCUCCCAGAUCUCCCCCGCUCGUCUGGGCCGGAACAGGACGGCGGUCGCCAUGGCGAGCAGGCGGCAGGUGUUGAAACUUUUUAAAUCAUUACACAGAACCCGGCAAGAAGUUUUUAAAAAUGAUACCAGAGCCCUUGAAGCUGCAAGACAAAAGAUAAAUGAAGAAUUCAAAAAUCACCAAGAUGAGACAUCUGAAGAGAAGAUAAAUGAGCUUCUGAAAAUAGCUUCAGAUGUUGAAGUGAUUCUUCGAACUUCUGUUAUUCAGGCUGUUCACACAGAUUCCAACAGAAUAGAAAGUCAAGAGGGAGGAUCUAGGAAACUGGUCAGCCUCACCUCAAUCUCUGGAAAGGUCGUUAAGAAAUACCUGGAAGCUGUUUCCAAAUGUUCUAAGAACAGAAUGGGAAUGGGGAGUAGUCAGCAAGAAUUUACAAAGGUGAGGUCUUCUCUGACCAGUCUGAUACCCUUUUACAGUGAAAUUACUUGACUCAGCAGACAAGGGCAGAGUACUGCUGAUUGUCUGUUUUGACAGUAGCAGAGUUUUAAUGUUGUCUCCUUUUAAAUACCCAUAAACAAGAAAGGAUAGAAUUGCCCCUGCCUAAUUUUACAGACUUCUAAGAGAAGGAGUGGCAGAGAGGUUUUGGGGAAGAAGGAGGUCAUCCAGGGUGUAGUACUCGCCAGGAAAAUGUCCUGCAGCAAAAAAUCUGGAGCGCAUCUGUACAAGGGUGCAUUUGACCUACUUAUGAAUGCAGAGAAUGUCAUUAUGAAGUGUUUUGCCCAUCCUUUUUUUUUCUGUAUGCAUUUUGAGUAAGUCUUAGCUUUGCUUCUCACUCUGCAAUUGAUCUUAAUGCAGCAAGAGCAAAACAAUGCUCUGGAAACAGCCAUCACAAUUUGAGAGAUGUCUGGUUUGCGUGUGCUUGGAACUUGUACUGAAGUGAGAAAUACUUAGUCUUGAUAAUACAGUGAAUCACCAAUUAAGGGAUCAGGAAUCCUUAGAAAAAUAAAUCCAGAGCAUCAUGAUAGAAGUUCGUAGAAUAAGAAUGAACAGUAUAAAAAAUGGAUAGAAUGGAUUCUUACUUGUCCUGGUAUUAUUAAAAUGCAAAGAGCGUUCAGUGAAGUUGAAAUUUACAUCCAAAACUAAUGCAAAAAAAAAAAAAAAAAAAAGUCAUUUUUUAUUUUACACAAUAAAUAAUACUUAAAGGUCAUGGCAAUGAAAAAUCUUAGUGGCCAGGAGCAAGGUACUAAAAAUACAAAAAAAGCAGAAAAUCAAAUUUGAUGCUUAGCUUGAUACCGUACUAAAAGAGUAAAAGAGAAUCUCCUUACAGAAGGAACAUACAGACCUUUCCACCAUGGUAAAUUGAUUAAUAACAUAACAUUAUUCCAAAGUGUUACUGUUUGAGCAGCCUCUUAUAGUGUUUGCAUCUUUCCUAAGAAUUCAGCUUUGAUUAGACAGCACUAAGAACUAAGCAAUUCUGGUAUAGCGCUUAUUAAUGUCACUGGUAGCACAGAGUAUGCCAUUAGAAAAUUCUGGAAAUUCAGAAUUUUAGGGAGUUGAGAUAGUUGUCACUAUAUUUUAAUAGCAGUUUAUAGCUAAUAGCAUGGUCAGUUUACUGUGUGAAAUUGUACCUCAAAAAUAAAUAAUAUUCCGUAUAUGUAACUAAAUUAAUAUGUAUAUGUAUCUAAAAAAUAAAAAAUAAAUAGGUGUGCUUUCCACAGCUACUCCAUUUUGCUGAAUAUCUCACCUUACUGUUUUCAUCCUUUCUUGUUCGUAAAGAAAAGUAGUUUUAAGAUUUAAAAGAGGAAAAAAGUUGGAAGUGGGAUUUCAAUUUCCAGUUGAAUCUAUGGCUGAAUGUUUUUGUGAUUUAGUAUCAGCUGGCAGCUAAGCCCUGCACAGCCAGGACUGGGGAGUGAAUUGGGAGACUAAAAGUGAGAAAACUCAUGGGCUAAGAUAAAAACAGUUUAACAGAUAAAGCAAAAGCCACACAGGCAAGCAGAGCAAAACUAGGAAUUCAUUCACUGCUUUCCAUGGGCGGGCACUGUUCAGCCAUCUCCAGGAAAGCAGAGCUCCAUCAUCUGUAAUGGUGACUUGGGAAGACAAAUGCCAUCACCGCAAAUGUAUCCCCAUCUUUCUUAUACCAACUUAAACUGCUGAGCAAGAUGUCAAAUGGUGUGGAAUAUCCCUUCGGUCAGCUGCAGUCAGCUGUCCUGGCUGUGUCCCUUCCACACAUCUUGUGCAUUUAUGUAAUGAAAAUAAUCAAGUGGAUCUUCUCAUUUUCCUUUACUUUUUAACACCUAGGAGCCAGUUUCUGUUGGGAAGUUUGUUGUAGGAAAUGCGUGUGUAGGUAAUGUGAGUCUGCUUAGGUAUUCAAUUUCAGUACAGCUUUGAUUAAGGAAGUUCUAGCAGAACAAAAAUCAGCGUU